UUGUGUCCCUAAAUAUUCUUUAUGCAUGUUUUCUUCUUCUGAUGUCCACAGGCAGGGAGUUUUUGCCUUCUUUGGAGAGCACUGCACUUUGAUCGACUUUAUUUCUACAUGACUGACUUACUGCAUGAAAUAUUAACCAAUAGCAGAGCGGCAGAGGAGAUGAUUAGUCUGAGAAGAACAUUGACCUCUUUUCACUUUAUUUCACAACACUCUUGCUGUCAGGACAAGAUCCCUACCGGAUUCAGUUCACUGGAAAGAGGGAAAUUCGCAUACCCUGAUCUUGCCAGCGGGCCAGAUUGUGUUGCUCUGGAGUGGAAAUAAUUUCACCCGUGGCAGAAAUGAAGAGAGCUAUUUUAUUUCUGAUAACUGUCUAUGUCUCGGUGCCUGUCAUUUUAUACCUGUUCCCUUGGAUACUGGGCCAAGUCAUAUUUGCUCACUUGUUGAGGUUUCCAUUCUUUGUGGAUCUCAGCAGACCUGAAGAUGUCCUAAACCACACAUGCAAUUUCUACCUCAACACAGAGGAGGGCAUCUCAGUCGGAGUGUGGCAUACGCUCCCUGCCAGCCAAUGGGAGAAAUCCGCCAGGAGAAGCCCUGAGUGGUACCGGGAGACUCUGGGAGACGGCACUCCUGUUAUUAUCUAUCUCCACGGCAACAUAGGGACCAGGGCAAUAAAUCACAGAGUACAACUGGUGAAGAUCUUAAGUGCUGCGGGGUACCAUGUCUUAUCUUUAGACUACAGAGGUUUUGGAGAUUCUACUGGGGACCCCAGUGAAGCUGGAUUGACCAAUGACGCCCUCUACCUGUACCACUGGGUAAAGAAACACAGCAAGGGGAGUCUCGUCUGUCUGUGGGGACACUCGCUUGGCUCCGGGGUGGCAACCAAUGCAGCAGUGAAAAUACAGGAGCAAGAGUCUGCUGUUGAUGCUUUGAUCCUUGAAGCUCCAUACACAAGCAUCGGAGAAGUCGUAGUCAACCAUCGGUUCACGAAGAUGUACAGGUUCCUUCCAGGAUUUGAGAGCUUGCUGUGGAACAUAAUGAAAAUGACCAACAUAGUAUUUGCUAAUGAUAAAAACUUGAAGUCCCUGAUCAGUCCACUUCUUAUUCUGCAUUCAGAGGAUGAUAAUGUUGUUCCUUAUCACAUGGGCCUGGAGCUGUACGAGAUAUCACUCCAGACUCGGAGGAAAUUAAACACCGAUGCACACGUCGAAAUGAUCUCCUACAGUGCAAGUCUUGGAUUCUCCCACAGCAGCAUCUACUUGGAUCCCAAUUUAUCAGGUGUGGUUAGGAACUUUCUAGAAAACCUGAGACACUAGAGUGGCGGUCCCUCCUCCGGGCUCACAGUUCCUCGUGGUCCUCAUUGCUUUGUAGGUUUUGUGAAAAAAGUCCAACACACUGGCCAACUUCUUGCACAAAAGCUUCCAUAUCUUACAAAGAUGUCAAUAAAAGCACAGUACUGUA